CAGUUUUUUUGAUUCAUCAGUAGUUGCUUACGAGUAUUUGAAGCAAAAUGUCCAAGUUGCUAGUAUUCUGCCUCCUCGUUCUGUGCAUCAGCGCUAGCUUGUAUGCAGUUGAAGGUGCAUCCCCUCGUCGGUGUCUCAAGCAUAAUCAAGAAUGGAACGAUUGUGGUACACACUGUCCUCUUAAAUGUGGACAAACCGAGCUAGGCCCAUGCACUUUGCAAUGCGAAAUUGGAUGCCAAUGCGUACCUGGCACCGUGCUUCGUAAGGACAAUGAGUGCGUUGAUCCAAAGGACUGCUAAAUUAGUUUAACCCAAUAAUACCUAUACAGAAUAAUGUAUCAUAUUAUGUUAUAAGCAUAUACAAUAAAAGCAAAUUAUGUUAAAAAUAUA